AUGGAAUAUAACGGAGGCGAUGGAACUGGAGAUGAGGAUAGAGUGAAGAUGGAAUGGGAAGUAGGUCUUCCCACUCCCGACAAGCUAAUACCUUUAUCUCAGUGCUUGAUUCCUUCAGAGCUGGCGUCUGCUUUUGGCAUAGUUUCAGAGCCCUGCAUCAAUCAAGCCUCACAAGAUACCUUGGUGAGUCUCCAGUCACAGUCACAACGGUUGUCUCCGUCGAAUAAUUUCGAUUUCAUUCUCUUAAAGGAUCAAGGGACAAAGAAUUGCGUAACUGUGGGAAGAGACGGCUUGGAUUUUCCAAGGGAGGAUACUUCGGAGUUGAUGAAGCGGAGGAAGAUGCGGAGAAUCAAUGACCGAUCGCGACUACUUUGGACCUCGGAGCUUCACAAGAGAUUCGUAGAUGUGGUGACUCAAUUAGGUAUAAAAGAGGCAGUUCCAAAGACUAUUAUGAAAUUAAUGAACGUGGAAAGUUUAACUCGCAAGAAUGUCUCGAGUCAUCUUCUAAAGUAUAGAAUUUUUAUGGUAAAAAUAAAUGGACUUUCCAACAAGAUGAAAGGGUUAUCCAUUGAAGGGUCUUCUUCUUUAGAUCAUUUGUUUUCUGUAGUGCCACAGGAGUCCAGUGGACAAGCGGAAAUGAAUGUUAUAAAUCCACAGGAAAUGAUGUCAAUGACUAGGUUAAGCUUAGGACAUGGUCAUGAACAUACUUGA